AUGGUCACGCUUAGAAACAAGACAGAGGCUUCCUCACAAACGCCACGUACCGACUGCCACCACAACGGCAACGUUUACAAAUUUCGUGAACGUUUGGAGAUCGGCUGCGAACAGAUCUGUCACUGCGAUGAAGGCGGUGUGAUGAAUUGCAAACCACGUUGUCCGGAGCGCAAUCACACGCGCCUCGAUAAGUGUGUGUAUGUGAAAGAUCCCAAGGACGUAUGCUGCCAACUGGAGUUGUGCGAUGUCACACUCGACGAUCACGAACAGACAGCAUCCCCACCCACAGCGCAAAAUUCGAUUGGCGACGAGCAAUAUGGCCCCGAGGAAGCGCGUGAUCUCUCCGGUGGACACGAGCAGCUCGAUUGCGAAUACAAGGGACAACAUUACCGCGAUGGUCAACAAUUCCACGAUGGCUGCGAACAGCUAUGCAUUUGCACGCUCGAAGGUGUACACUGCGCCAAGCUGCAAUGCCCCUCAACUUUCGGUUUGGAUUUGCUCAAUCCACAUUGCUUGCGUUGGGAACCGGAGCCAGCUGAUUUUGAAGCCAAGGCACCGAAUUGCUGUCCGGAGAAGAUGCGUUGUGUGGAUAACGGCACCUGCGCUUACUUGGAUCACACAUUCGACAACUGGUCACCCAUACCGACCAAUCUUACUGGUUGUGAGCAGCAUUGCUAUUGUGAGAACGGUAAAGUUGAAUGUCGGCCAGCUUGUCCGCCCGUGCUUGCCUUGCCGCCGCCCGAUUUGCCCUGCCAUCCGGCACAGGCACGUAUUCUGCCAAUUCCAGACGAUGAGUGCUGUAAACACUGGGCCUGCGCGCAAUUUGCGCCCAAACUGAGUGGCGGUGAUGGUGUUGAGACUUCCACUGCGUUGCCACCACCAAUGCAUGGAAUUAAUGAUCUAAGCGCAUCCACCACCGAGCAACCGAACACCACCGGCAGCAGUACAGCGCACGUCUCCAGCGAUAAAAAUGAUAUUUACCCAGGCAAAGCGCACGAGAAACCCGCACGACCUGGCGACGCCUUCUACCCAACCCUCGAUGGCAAACCGCCAAAGGGCGCCUCAGCAUUUGGUGAACUGCGGCCCGAGAAACACGACAAACAUGAAAAGUUCGUAAAGAAGCCAGUCAUUGUGAAGCCGCAACAGAAUGAAGUCAAAUACGACGUACACGAGCCGCAAGAUGAGCAAGACACCGCGCCACCGGGCUUUGUACCCAUACACAUUGGCAGACCUGGCGGCGCCAUUGUUAAUUACAAUCCCCACCUGCCGCCAGCUGGGCAUCCCGGCCCAUAUGGCUUCUACAAUCCCGCACAGCCACCAAAGGAUCAUUUCGACCCCUACAAUCCUUACGAACCCUACGAUAUUAGUCCAAACGGCAUCGCACAGGGUAAGCCGCCUGCGCCAACUAGUCAAUCAGAUUUGUUCAACAUCUUGGGUGCUGGUUCACCGGCCGCGCACCCACCAGGCAUGCUACCAGCGGGCGGACCACCUGGACCAGCACCAGGCUUCAAAGCCACACCCGGCAAUUUGCCUCCACACGUGCGCAUCGAACACAUUCUACAACACUUGCAGCACACGCCCGUGCAGGGUGCCUACAAUGGGCCGCAAGGACAUGUGAAUGAGAGUGGCGCCAAUGGACACCCACUGCAGACGGGUCAAUCACCAUUGCAUCCACAAUAUGUGCCAAUUGUACAUAGCGGUCUGCCGCCACCACCGCCACCGCACGGUAUAGCGAUUGUUGAUGGUCAGCCGGUGGCUUAUGGCGGUUUUCCCGUAGUACCAGGUCUCGGGCAGCCUCCUCAUGUGCCACAUGCAGCACAUUCGGCGAAUGUGAAUAGCAAUAACAAUAGUAAUUUAUUGCAACAACAUCAGCCGCAGCCGGCGUCGCCGCCGCAGGAGCAAUCGGCGAGUAGUUCAAACACAUUUGCAGCGACUACGAGCGCGGUGGGUCUAACCGCGCAUUCUACCGAACAUGGCAUACUGCCUGCUGUUGUCGCCCCAGCUUCUACGCAUUCCAGUCAAACAGGUUGA